AGAACUCAAAGAUAAGAUAAUUAGAUAAGCGCAUGGCAUUUCACUUGAAGCACCACCACACGCACACACCCCCCUUCAAACACCUCCGCCCAGCCGCCCCUCCGCCGCGUAAACGCAUCCGCGUCCACGCAGCGCUAGGCGGCCUAGCUCAGGAGCUCAUCCAAUCCGGCGUGGUCACUCCCAUCCCGCCAAAAGAUGCAGCCGCGGCACUGGAGUCCCGCGGCUACACAUUGCUGGACAUCCGUCCGGAGUGGGAGAGGAGCAAGGCACGUGUCUCGGGAUCGAUGCACGUGCCGUUGUUCGUGGAGGACAAGGACAAUAGCCCCGUCACGUUGUUGAAGAAGUGGGUGCAUUUCGGUUACAUUGGGCUGUGGACGGGGCAGUUGUUUACGAUGAUCAAUCCUAGAUUUGUUCAAGAAGUGGAGGAGGUUGUUCCGGAUAAGGAUUCGAAGCUGCUCGUGGCGUGCGGGGAGGGACUAAGAUCCUUGAUGGCUGUUGCAAAGCUGCAUAAUGGAGGAUACAAGAACUUGGGGUGGCUGGCCGGGGGAUUCACCCGGGCGACCGAAGGCGAUUUUCCGGCCGUCGAAGGUAGUGAGAAGUUGGAGUAUGCCACAAUUGGUGGUGCAUCUUACUACUUCCUUAAGUUGCUUCUUUUGUUACAAGCUGUGGGGAAGAAAACUUGAGCCCAUGGUAUCAUUUUGGAGUUUCAUAUUUGAAACAUUGAAUUGGGAAAAAAAUUUGCCUAAUUCCUGGAUUUAAAUUUCCAUUUUAUUUCA